UGCUCCGCGAUGACGGCCAUGGCGCUACUCGCCGGCGCCGCGGAGACCGUCGCCGCCGCGACCCCUCGUCCGGACUCCGCCGCAGGCGCCGCUGUCAUGGGCGUCUUCAAGUACAACUUCGCGGCGCAGUUCCUGUCCAGGGUCAUCCCCUUCUUAUAUAAUGGCUGGUUCGUGCGCCAGCUCAGCUCCGACGACUGCGCGGCUUACGCAUUGCAGCUUCCUCUGUUCAUCAACUGCGUCUUAUUUUUAAGCCGAGAGGGGUUUCGGCGUGCUUGUUUGCGUAAUACUUCUGGGAGUGGUGAUGUGUUAAGUGAUGAAGAGAUGCUAAAGGUAGCUUGGAUGAUCAUCCCAUUUGGCUUGUUAGUUACUUUUAUCGGCAGUCUAUUUGUGUUCAGGGUAAAGAAACUGAAGUUUUCUGACCCUUAUGCGAAAGCUACAUUAAUCAUUGGAUUUGCUUGUAUCUUGGAGCUACUGGCAGAACCUUUGUAUAUACUUUCUCAAACGAAGAAAUACUACAUAAUAAGAGUGUAUACUGAACCUGCAGCUACUCUGCUACGGUGUCUAACAACUUAUAUCUUCAUUAAAGGACAUAUUAAAGUGGAGAAGUUGGUCGUAUUUGCUCUCUCUCAGGUUGUCUAUGCAGCCUGCAUUUUCGUUGGAUAUUGGGCAUAUUUUCUUUUAUUCACUAAUAUCAGAAUUUUUGAUCUCCUCCCAUUCAGGUUGUCAACUCUGAUGGUCUAUGAUAAACAGUUGUUGCACAUGUGCAUAUUGUUUACUGGCCAGACUUUCAGGAAAUUGAUCCUCCAAGAAGGAGAAAAAUUUGUUCUUGUUUGGUUCGAUACUCCAUACAACCAGGCUGCAUAUGGUCUUGUGGAUAAGUUAGGGAGUCUGGUUGUUAGAAUAGUUUUCCUGCCAUUUGAGGAGAGUUCUUAUGCUACAUUCACUCAAUUGGCAUCAGGGCAAACUCCUCAGAAUAUAUCAAACCUGGAAGGUUCUCUGCUCGGAGCUCUCAAGCUGAUUAUGCUGAUAGGUCUCGUGGUCAUUUCUUUUGGUCCAAGUUAUUCAUACACACUUCUGAAUCUACUAUAUGGAGGAAGAUAUAGCGACGGCGAAGCUACAGCUGUUCUUCGUUACUAUUGUGUUUACAUAAUCUGCUUAGCAAUGAAUGGCACGUCUGAAGCUUUCCUUCAUUCUGUUGCAAAUGAAAAUCAGCUUAAGCAGUCAAAUGAUAUGUUGCUCCUCUUCUCAGCAAUUUAUAUUGUUCUAAAUGUUAUUUUUAUUAAAUCUGCUGGAGCUGUUGGGUUGAUUGCUGCAAAUUCUAUCAAUAUGAUACUGCGAAUCACAUAUUCUGCAUUAUUCAUCAAAGACUAUUUUAAGGGCUCAUUCUCUUUCCACCGCUGCUUGCCAGCGGGCUGGGGUGUUCUGCUCAUUUCUGGUGUGACCACAGCUUUCUCAGAGAGGAUUUUUCUGAACAGAAAUAGGUUCAAGCAGACCCUUCCCAUUCACAUGGCGAUAGGCAUCAUGUGCCUGGUCUUUUCGUUACUUGAGAUAUACCGUGGCGAAAAACAGUUCUUGUUGAGCAUUAUUACAUCAUUGAAGGGCCACAACAAAAGUACUUGAUUUCUGUAGCAUUUGGGAUUUGGAACCCACCUUCUGUGAGUGUAUAUAGCCCUGAUAUGUAAGUGAUGUUCCCAGACAACAUACGAUGUUGUCAAUACAUUGACACUGCCUAGACAACUGAAGGUAGGGAGCUGGAUCCAUCAACUGGAGAGGCUACUGAAAGUAAAUCAUUUUGACAGAUGAACAUAGAUUGCCGCUCUCCGGUGAGGUGAGUUGCUGGGACAAUUUGUAGAGGCGACAGAAAACAUAGAUCAGCUGGGUAGAUAGGGUAAUGCAUUUUGUAAUUUUUCUACUGCAACUUGUUAAGAUUAAAUUGCAGUGAUUGCGGAAAUUUUCCAUGUUGUAGUGCCAUUCAGGUUUUGUUUCACGAGUCUCGCAUAAGUUUACCAAACGACUUGAUCGUUUCAUUAGGUAGGUCCAGCCAGAGGGAAAGUGAAAUGAAUUGUGUGGUAUUUUCUCGUACCUCUGGGGUUUAUAAAGCUCACAAAUAUUUUUGGGUCC